GGGGAGGGGGGGGGGGGGCUGGUGAAUGUACGGCGCGGGGCGGCCGGGGGGGGGCGGGCGGCAGGAGGAGGCAGAGGGCGGCGGAGGAGGAGCCCCCCAGCAGCGAGCAGCGAGCAACUGACCGCGGCCUUCUGACCAGGACCGGAGCAGGGCCCCAAGCCCCCGGGCCUGGUGGGGGACGCGCUUCUUCCCACACCCCGAGCCUCAGCAGCUCCAGCCAGCGGACCCGACGGCUGAGAGGAGCCCCAGAACCAGGACUGGGGGAUUUGGAGCUGGGCAGAGACUUAACCCCCACAGCACCGGGAAGCAGCCAACUCCCCUCGCCUCCUUCCCCCUUCGUGGCUUGCGGUCUCUCUUCCCCGCCUCGGCCCCCAGGAAGUGAAGAUGUUACAGCCUGGUCCUCAUCCUCCCUCACCCCAAGCUGCUGCUCCUGGAGAAGCCUGGCCAGGCCCCUCUCAGGCUCCCUGGCAGAGCCUAGAGGAGAAGAUGGGGAGCCCCGAGGAUGACCUGAUUGGGAUUCCAUUCCCGGACCACAGCAGUGAGCUCCUGAGCUGCCUCAAUGAGCAGCGCCAGCUGGGCCACCUAUGUGACCUCACUAUCCGGACGCAGGGUCUUGAAUACCGCACCCACAGGGCUGUGCUAGCUGCCUGUAGCCACUACUUCAAGAAGCUAUUCACUGAGGGCGGUGGCGGAGCUGUCAUGGGGGCCGGGGGCAGCGGGACGACCGCUGGGGGAGCAGGGGCAGGCGUGUGUGAGCUGGACUUUGUAGGGCCAGAGGCACUAGGCGCCCUCCUUGAAUUUGCCUAUACAGCCACACUGACCACCAGCAGCGCCAACAUGCCAGCUGUGCUCCAGGCUGCCCGCCUGCUGGAGAUCCCGUGUGUCAUCGCUGCUUGCAUGGAGAUUCUGCAGGGCAGUGGGCUAGAAGCUCCCAGCCCAGACGAGGAUGACUGUGAGCGAGCCCGCCAGUAUCUGCAGGCCUUUGCCACAGCCACAGCCUCUGGAGUUCCCAAUGGUGAAGACAGUCCUCCACAGGUGGCCCUCCCACCACCUCCACCACCGCCACCUCGGCCUGUUGCCCGCCGCAGCCGCAAGCCCCGGAAAGCUUUCCUGCAAACCAAGGGGGCCAGAGCAAACCACCUAGUCCCUGAGGUGCCCGCAGUACCCGCCCAUCCCUUGACCUAUGAGGAGGAGGAGGUGGCGGGUAGAGUGGGCAGCAGUGGGGGCAGUGGGCUGGGGGACAGCUACAGCCCUCCCACAGGAACCGCCUCCCCUCCUGAGGGGCCCCAGAGCUACGAACCCUAUGAGGGUGAGGAAGAAGAAGAGGAGCUGGUAUAUCCCCCAGCCUAUGGGCUGGCGCAGGGUGGCGGGCCCCCGCUGUCCCCAGAGGAGCUGGGCUCAGAUGAGGAUGCCAUCGAUCCUGACCUGAUGGCCUACCUAAGCUCCCUGCACCAGGACAACCUGGCACCAGGCCUGGACGGCCAAGACAAGCUGGUGCGCAAACGCCGCUCCCAGAUGCCUCAGGAGUGUCCUGUCUGCCACAAGAUCAUCCAUGGGGCAGGCAAACUGCCUCGCCACAUGAGGACCCACACAGGCGAGAAGCCCUUUGCCUGCGAGGUCUGCGGUGUUCGAUUCACCCGGAACGACAAGCUGAAAAUCCACAUGCGGAAGCACACGGGAGAGCGCCCCUACUCGUGCCCGCACUGCCCAGCCCGCUUCCUGCACAGCUACGACCUCAAGAACCACAUGCACCUGCAUACGGGGGACCGGCCCUAUGAGUGCCACCUGUGCCACAAGGCUUUCGCCAAGGAGGACCACCUGCAGCGCCACCUCAAAGGCCAGAACUGCCUGGAGGUGCGCACCCGACGGCGCCGCAAGGACGAUGCACCGCCCCACUACCCGCCACCCUCUACCGCUGCUGCAUCCCCCGCUGGCCUCGACCUCUCCAAUGGCCACCUGGACACCUUCCGCCUCUCUCUAGCUCGAUUCUGGGAGCAGUCAGCCCCCACCGGGCCCCCGGUCUCUACCCCGGGGCCCCCUGAUGACGAUGAGGAGGAAGGGGCACCCACCACACCCCAGGCUGAAGGUGCCAUGGAGUCCUCUUAAAGAGGGACGAGGGCCAGGCCGAAGCAGCACAAGGCCGGGGACACCCAUGCCAAGCAGUGGGAGCAUGCAGGACAGACACAGCAGGGGUCUGGGGCACGGAGCCUUGCUGGUGUCAGCAUCAGCCCUUCCUCCCAGAGCCCUCAUUCCAAUUCCAAGCUAAGAAGGUAUUGGGGCAGAGGCUCCCCAAAUUGGGGUGAUCCCCCAAGGAGUGAUACAUAUAUUGUGUAUAUAUUUACAGCUCUAUUGUAAAAGUGGGGUCCCUGUCCCCAGCUGCUCCUGGGGAGUAGAAGCAAUAAUGUAUUUCUGAUUUGUGGGUCCCACUUCGGCUAUGCGGGUUUCUAGGGGGUGGGGGCUUGGGACCAAAGCCUUGCCCCGCCCCUAUGCCCCUUGGGGGUUUUGGCUGUGUAAGGGGGUGAAGGACUGCCCCUCCCUUCCGAGACCCCUCCUUCCUGGUUUCUGUUCCUUUUUCCUGGCAGUGAAUUAUGCAAAGGGGGCCGGCAAAGGAAGGGUAGGUGGGGGAAAGCCAGGUGGAAGCUUGAAAGACUGGGGGACUGGGCCUGUAAGGAAGGAGCCAUCCCAGUCCCCCUCCGCCCUGCUCCCGCCGCUGAGUCAUGGGGUCGCGGAGAAGAAGGGGGCAGGGUGGCCUGAUUGGCUCGCCCGCCCCUGGGGGCAGUGGAGAGGGGCCCCGCCCAGCUAGGGGAGCCGCUCCGUUCCACUCCCCUCCCUGUCCCUCCCUCCCCGCGGCCCUGGGCAGGGAAUGUCUUGUUCCCGCCGCUCCCUCCCCGGGGCCAGAGGGCAGGGCGGGCCGGGCGGCGUCCUACCCUCUUCUCCUCCUCCCCAUCUCCUCCCCGCCCAGGUGCGAGCCGGAGCCGCCGCCACCGCUGCCGCCCCUGACUCACGCCGCCCCCGGGCUGGCGCAGCGAAGGGUGUGGGACAGGGUGAGGGGUUGGAAGAGCCUUGUGGAGAGCGGGCGAGCCGGCGCCAUCUGGCGGCCAUGCCCUGAGCGGGCGAGCGCCCCCCGCGGCCACUGGAGCGAGCUGUCUUUACUCUCCUCAGCCACCCCCGCUGGUGAGCAGCGCCCCCUUGUCAAGGCAGUGGGCACAGAACUUCUCGCUUGGCCGCAGGGAAAGGGGCUGCGGACCUGUGGGAAAGUGAUCCCCUUCCCAGAUCCUUGCCAGCUGGGCUUCCUGUCAGGCAGGGGAGAAAAAUCCCCUCACUCUUCUCUUAGGAUUGAAUCCACCCCCAUUCUGUACAUAGCCUCUUCUGUUGGUCUUGUUGAAAUCUAGUUUCAGAUUUUUAACUACCCAAUUCUGCUGGGGGUGGGGGACACCCCCCCUUCCUCGCUGGGUGCUGGACCCCUUUUGCAGCCUGGACUCUGCCUUGCACUAUUUCCCCUUCCUGGCCUGACGGCUCCUCCCCCUCCUUAAAAGGGGCAGGUUCAGGGGCCCGGUGCUCUUCCUCCCUUCCAUGCACCCCCAUGCCCAUUUGCACAGCUGCCCAGGUACCCCUAACAGUGGGGAGGGGUCACAGGGAGGGGGUAGCGGGACCAGUCCCUGUAUCUAUUUAAAAAGUGAUGAUGUAAUAUAUUGGGGUGGCGGGGAGGUCGGGUUGUCCUGGGCCUCAUCUUAGCAUUUCAGGUGAUGGGGGGAGCCCAGGGCUGGGGAGACCUGGGGCCCAGCCCCAGAGAGUGGGGACAAUGUGGCCUCCUUUCUCCCUACUUUCGGCUUUCCCAGUCAGUGCCUUAGGGGGAGAGGCACUCCCCCCCUCCUAUUCCCUUCCCCCCAUCCCAACCCCCCCACCAAGGGUGUAAGCGACAGGAAGAAAUAAUAAUAAUUUAAGAUUCACA